AUGAUGCUCAGCGGUGGUGGUAUCAAAAUUUUCACUGGGACCAGUCACCCAGAACUUGCCGAAAUUAUUGCUCGCCGGGUUGGUCUUCCUCUCUCGAAUGCCGAAAUAACGAAAAGUGGGAUUGGGGAGACCAGCGUUCGAAUCGCUGAGUCCGUACGAGAGGACGAUGUCUACAUCAUCAACACCGGUUGUGGUUCUGUCAAUACUGCCCUCAUGGAACUGUGCAUUAUGAUCCACGCCUGCAAAAUCGCUAGUGCAAAACGAAUAACUGCCGUUCUUCCUCUCUUUCCUUACGCCCGACAGGACAAGAAGGACAAGAGCAGAGCUCCCAUUACGGCGAAAUUAGUUGCGAACAUGAUCCAGAAGGCUGGCUGUGACCAUGUUAUCACAAUGGAUCUUCACGCUUCGCAGAUUCAGGGUUUCUUUGAUGUACCCGUCGACAAUCUGUACGCAGAACCUUCGGUUAUUCUCUACAUUCGCACACACUUCAAUCUGGAAGAUGUCGUGAUUGUUUCGCCGGAUGCGGGGGGCGCGAAACGGGCUACUUCCAUGGCUGAUCGAUUAGGAGUCGACUUCGCGUUGUUCCACAAGGAGCGAAAAAAAGCUAAUGAAGUUUCUCGGAUGGUGCUCGUGGGACAUGUAAAAGGCAAGACUGCCAUUCUCGUUGAUGACAUGGCAGAUACUUGCGGCACACUUUGUCUCGCAGCGAAGCAUCUUGCAGAGGCAGGUGUGGCACAAGUCUACGCAAUCGUCACGCACGGGAUCUUGAGCGGAGAUGCAUUGAAAUCAGUGCAAGACAGUGCUUUGGAAAAGCUGGUGGUGACGAACACCUUGCCACAGCAAGCGAAUCAAGCAGCAUGCCCGAAGAUUGAAGUGAUUGAUGUCGGCGUUGUGCUGGGAGAGGUGAUUAGACGAAGUCAUUAUGGGGAAAGCGUUUCAAAACUUUUCCACGAGGUUCCGUAUUGA